AUGACUCAGUUCCGCGUGCCAUGUAUUUCGUUGUUGAAGCGGCGUCCAAUGCUGUUGCGAGGACAGGACGCGACGCACUUGUACUAUCGGAUCGGCGUGGUCGAGGACAGUUGGAGCUAUGAUCUAUGGCAUCUGUUGAGCACGGUGACCGCGCAGGUAGGUUACGUGAAAGUGUUCAAACGCUUUAUUGAUGGGCGUCCCGUACGCUCCUGGUCCGCGCGAGGCAGGGUAGCCCAAACCCCACCCGGUGCAGAGGGUGUUAGCUGGACCUUGCCCCGCGGUGCCGGCGCACUUGGAAGCCGUCAGGCGGGGGCGCAAGUCCCGCCGCGCUCAGUCUCCGUCUCGGUCGCCCAGCUCCAGCAGGGACCCGCGCACUCUCGCCGCAGCUUCCUCAAGGCGGCCCUCGUCAACCCUGCCCCCCAGCGCACGGCCACCCAAACCGCCGUCCAAAAGCUCAGCAAGUCCCGGGGAGACUCGAUUCCCAGAGACUGCGGACGGCGUGACUCCGUCCACAGGCUCUCAGCCCGGGCAUCUACUCGUCGCGACUCGGCACCCGGGGGCUACGGAGUACCUGGAGACUACGGAGCACCUGGAGACUACGGAGUACCUGGAGACUACGGAGUACCCGGGGACCACGGGGAAGCCUGGCCUGCGGGGGAACGGUUGGCAGACAACUGGCCAGUAGAAAACUGGCCCCUUGCCAGUGCCUGGCCGCCGGGAGUGCGUCCGGAGCUGGAGGAGUGUGUUCGUCGACCAUCGCCGCCGGUAGCGGCGCCGAGUAAGAAGCUGUUUUUCGGGUCGCGGUUGUCAAAGCUGGCGGGUGCCAUGAGAACGCAGCCCCCGCCGCCGGCACUUGUGUGCGAUCGUCAAGGUCGUUGUUGCAUCAUGACCCCGGCUCAGUUGGAGCUGGCAUCGGCCACGCCUUCGCCGGUGGUGCGCGAUGAGUCACCGGGUAACCUGCUGUUGGCGCCUGACUUUUACCGUUACCACCAGAGGUCGUCCUGCCAGCGCUUGAAUUCGAAUCGGCGACUAAAUUCUAGCCAGAGAACGGCUUCGAACCGGCGACUAACCCCUAACCAGUCUCCUGGUCUAGGAUCCGACCGGCGGUUGGUGGCCGAAUCAAGUCGAUUACCAGCGUUCAGUCAAGGGUCGAGUUUCCGCCGGCGGCCGAGUCUGCGGCCACGCGGGAGUUUCCGGCAGCGCACGAGUCUACGGCUUGGCGCGAGUUUCCGGCAGCGACUAAACUCGAACCAACGACCUGCGGCUGGUUCGAGUCAGCAACGGCCGGACUCUAGCCGGAGUCGACGGUCCUCGAUCACGGCCGCGAUCUCCGCACGUUGGCGCAGGAUCGUCUCCCCCAAAAACACCACCUCACCCAAGGGCUUCCGCAACACACGCCGACGCCAGUCCAUGCUAGCAUGGGCCCCCUUCGAUUCGCACGGUGACGGCUGGUCGGAGCAUUCCUCGUCGAUGCAUUCUGAAGACGGUUUUAGUUCGGACUCUGACUCGCUCUCCGACUCCGUGGAGUCCAGCACCGUCUCCAGCGAUCCCGACUUCUCAGACUUCUCCGACCUCAGUUUAGACCGGAACUCCGCUCUCAACCCGUCUGGUAGACGUUUGCCUGCCGACCCCGGAGUCCCUAUAGGCCUCGCCUUGGCACCCGGCGCCCCUCUCUCGCGUGCAUCUCACGCGUCUUCCCACCCGCUCCUCUCCGGCUCCUCAGCCGACGUCCGAGCGACCCCCGGCAACUACCACCGCCAAGUGCGCGCUCAGCACGCACGCGCACCGCGCGCAUACUCGCCGAACGUCUGUGUUGGUCCAAACGCAGCUGCGACCAACUCCGGUGCGACCAACUCCGGUGCCGGUGCAAUGAACUCCGGCACGACGAACGUGUGCGCGAACGUGUGCGCGAACGUGUGUGCGAACGUGUGUGCGAACGUGGGUCCUCCGAGUGCUGGUGCAAACACGUGUGGAUCCACCGGUCGCCAUAGUGCCGGCGUACCAAGAGGCUAUCUUAGUCGGGGGCGGUCUGGCGGUACCCAGCGACUGGCUGCCGGUCGUCUGUUAUACAACGGGCGCAAAAGGACGGCAUACCUCUCCGAUGAAACCGGCGAUGAAGAAGAGAGCAUGGAUGAGGCACCCCCACGAUCCUACCAUCGCGACCGACGAGAACGAACGCUGCUAGCUCCGUUGGCGUCUAGUUCGCACACCCGAUCAACCGCCCAAAAGUCAGCCGUGGGUGUCCGGACUGGCGGCGACAAAUUGUUAGGUGACAAGUUGUUCGCCCCGUACCAGGCAGUGGCCAGCGCGAGCAGCCUCGAGUUCUCCACUACCGGCGUUCAUGGCAGCCCGUUUUCCUGGCAGCUCAGGUUCGGCAAGGACCUGGAGUCGCACACAGACGCGGAGGGGAGUCGAAAUGCCGAGGGGAGUCGAAAGGAAGAGGAAGGGGCUCACAAGGACCCACAUCAGGAGAGGAAUAGCGCAGGAGGCGGCUCGUCGAGCAGGGGACGAGUGCCCUGUGCACGAGUUGUCGACCCACUGUUCGCGGAACCGUUGUACCAAGUGGGCCACAUGGACUCUGGUCCCAUUAUGGGUGGGGUGCCGGCCGGCCGUCGGGUGUCCGACUGGUCGGCGGUUCGAAACCGUUCGGCGGCGGGCAGCCGUUCCGCCGGCGGAAGUCGUUCGGAGAAAGUUCCAAGCCUGGACGCUCCAGAGCGCAGGGGAAGAAGCCGUACGGACUAUAAUCGCCGCUAUUCAACCCACCACUCGGGCGCACAUCUAAAACCCUUCCAGCAGGCCGCAGCGGACACGGAGUUCUUCCAAAACACGCUGCGAGGCACGACCGAGCUGGGCUCGGAGUGCGGACCAAAAGUUCCGAAGCGACGGUCUCAUAACCGUUCCAGCGUGCACUCCCGUAGUGACUAUUCUUGUAGGAGCAUGCUGGCCGAUUCGGAGACCUCCUCCAGCGGGGACUUCACCGCCAGCGACGAGAACGCCGGCGGCCACGGCUGUGCCUCUUUGGAGUUGCCCGGAGAUAUUUUGAGGAGGAUUUCGCGGGUGGACCCCGAGGACCUCCACUCCUCUGACCGUCGGUCUUCUGACCUCCACUCUUCUGACCGUCGGUCUUCGCGUGACCGGCGGUCGGCGGGGAGCCUGCAGCUGUUGCCGCAAAAACCACACUUGUCGGCAACGUACGUGGAGGGUUGUCCGCGCUACCGCAGCGGCCGUGGCCCCUUCGAAUCGAUUCCAGUGGUAGAGACGGACCAGUCGGCACUGGGCGACGCGUCUAAUCAUACGAGUUGCUCGCAUCUGAAGGAAGUGCGCUUCUCGGCCGUGAAGCAAAUGACUACGGCCCGAGGCUCAUCCCCGCGCAUUGUGGUCCGCAGCGAGAGCGACCCGCGGGGACGCCCACUCCGAGACGGCCUUGCCUCCGGCAGUUUGGACGGCGACGACCUGGACCUCGAACUAGCCACUGCCCUCGGCCUGGGUCCCGCCAGCGACCCAGACGGUGCUGGCCGCCUGGACCUAGACGGUCACGACCACCUAGACCUAGACGGUCACGACCACCUAGACCUAGACGGUCACGACCACCUGGACCUAGGCUUAACUGGGGGUGGUGACCAUCUAAGUCGGGACCACCCAGGCCGGGACCAUCUGGCCGGUCCAGAAGGUCUCAGCCCGGGCAGCCUGCAGACCGAGGGGCGGCUGCACCACUUCGAGCAGGCGGGACUACGGGCUGAGCUCGCGCCGAUUCCGGAGAGCAUGCGGACAGAGAGCGUGCGGACAGAGAGCGUGCGGCCUGCACACUUCUUCCAACAGGCGGGGUCAAACACGCGACACAUGGGCGCCAUCGUCGAGAGACCUUUGCUUCGUCCUGGAGCCGACGUCGCAGACGGUCCCGACGUCACAGGCGGCCCGGCGGGGAGCCUGCUCCUGCCGCCGCCAGCCCCUUCACAAACCGUGUAUCUGCAGCUGCCAAUUGGUCCCCGUGCCGUUGACUCGCAUGAGAUGCAUGUCUACCCCUUCGGCCGCCCGGACCGUCCGGACGCCUUCCCCUCAGGUCGAGAAUCCUUCCCGUUGGGUCCAGACCUGGGGCAGGGCCUUCGACGCGCGACGGUCCUCGGGGCCGAAGAUGACCGCGUGGUCGUUCCGAUGGGCGCUGGAGGACACACGCGCCCACGGCGGAGCCAGUCGCUGCUGCUCGGUCUCGGGCUCGACUCUGUCGACCCACUCAUUCGCUGGACCCCUGGUGGCCUCCCCCCCCUCAACGCAGGAUCCCCCAUGAGCUCGGCCCCUCUGGGUUCCGUCUCUCUGGGCAUGCCCCUCGGGCCAGCCACCCCCACCACCUCCCUGGCCACCCCCCUGGGCAUCCCGCCGGGGAUGCGGCCCAGUCUUUCACUCAGCAAGGCCUUCGGCUCGGGCGGACUCCUGAACUCUGGCGGACUACUGAACCGUCACAGCUUCCUCGCUGGCCUGACGAGUUCGUUGCCUGCCCGGAAACUGCCUCCGGACUCGAGGCUGCUCCCGACGGGGUCGUUGCCUGCAGGUUCUCUGCCUGCAGGGUCCCUCUCCCUCGCAGCGGGGACUCUCCCAGCGGGGACUCUCCCAAUGGGGACUCUCCCAACGGGGACUAUCCCAACGGGGACUAUCCCAACGGGGACUCCGCCCACCGGGUCGGUCCCCACCGGUCCCCUGCCUGCAGCCGCCUUGGCCGCCUUGGCUGCAGCCGCCCUGCCCACAGGUCCUCUGUUGGGUUCGUUGCAAACGAUGCCGGGUCGCGGGAAGUCGUCAGGACGGCGCGGGAAGUGUGUGCUAUUCCAGACGGAGCAGACGUCGAGUCUGUCGGCGGAUGGAUACCUGAUUCAGGAGAGUAGUUCGGCAAGUUCUGUCCCCGACCGGGGUCUGACGGCGGAGAGUUCGCUGGUGCCGCCGAGUUCGGCAGAUGACGACGUCGUGUUGGGAGCACUGGGGAGACUGCGGCCGCGUGGUGGAGAAAGUAAGUCGCGCAGUUCGUCACACAGUUCGCACGGGAUAGGACUACACAAUCAUCCAGCGGGACAGCCGGCGCGUCCUUCACGCAAGCAUCCGGCUGAACUGGGUGAGGCCCCAGUGCCAUCCACUAGCUUCCCGGCCUCCAGUUACGAAGACGCCGCCGGUUUCUUGCCCAAGCCGGUGCCUCUGAGCGCCAUGCCACUGGGCGCCAUGCCACUGGCAGGCAUGCCGCUCGGUUCCAUGGACAGCUGUCUAACACACGUUCGCAGCAGGCUUCAUAGACAUUGUCCCAAUGGUAGCUGCGUACCCGACGGCAGCUGCGUACCCGGCGGGGGACUAUACCUCGUUGCCAAACUCAUCAACCGCCAAGACAUCGCCAACGGCUUCCUCGAGUGGACCCAGCCACGCAACUACCUCACCAUCUGGAACAGCGUCGACAGUGAACUGAUCAGCAUCCUCCCCGAAAACACUCUCACUCCUGCCCACACUCGCGACAAACCCCCCACCCACCACGGCCAUCAGCGACCACUCAGGAGGCGACAGAGCGCCUACCCGGCAGCCGACGACUUGGUCAACCUGCGACUCGGCCCACAACACAGUCAUAGUCGGGGCCUUUGCCAGAACACGGGUCGCAGGCAUGCAGAUCACAGCGUAGGCCGCAGCGUAGGUCACAGCGUAGGUCACAGCAGUGCGGCACGCGCUGGCGACCAACCAAGUGCGUUGUCCAGCCGGUCGGGAGGUGACGUCAAGAUUUGCAUUGCCGAGAAAGAAAUCAGUCCCAGGUCGGGGCCGACUGGUUCUGCCAUGACUGGUUCGGUGUCGACUGAUUCUGCUUUGACUGGGUCUGCCUUACCGAGCAGUGAGUCCGAAGCCGUAACUGGUUCGUCUACGUCUUCGUCGGCGACCAUGGCAGCGUUUGCUUCUGUCGCGGCUGCGCUUACGGCGUCUGCUCGGAAUGUGCACGCGGAGGGGGCUUACAGUUUCGGUGGGCUGCGUUGCCGCGCUAAUCCGCAUUCGCCACCGGGUCGGCAGUCAUCACCGGGUCGGCAGUCAUCACCGGGUCGGCAGUCAUCACCGGGACGGCAGUCACCGUUGGACGUGUUACGGUCGCGACCGACCUACUCAAUUGGGGGAGGUAUACAGGUCAAAUCGCCGGUCAGUCCGUACGAAUUAAUGAGUCCGCGCGAUUUAUACUACUUAGAUGACGCUGUCAUUGACCGCAUCCGCAAGUGGGACCAACGCAUAGAGUGCAGCUUACCCGUCUUCUGCAAAAACCGGGUAGAUGACGGAUCCAAACACCUCAUGAUCGUCUGCAGCGGUCUCGGCAUCCUACGAGCACUUUACCGAAUGCAGGAAAUUGUCGGCUUCUGGGAUACCUACGGACUCAUACCACCUCAUAACCCUAACAUCAAAAAUAUACUCAUUCGCAACACUCUCACCUCGGACCAGUAA